AUGUAUUUCUUACUUUGGUAUACUACACUAGAAAAUCAGGCUCAGAUCAUACAGUUUCUCAAUCUUAUGUAUCUCACCAAUGACCAAGGCAAUGGUGUGAUAUCUAAUUGCAAAGACAUGAUCACGAGUGAAGUAAUGAAUAUAGUUAAAAAGUACUCGAUCUUUUUUGAUGACAAGACAAUCUUUGUGUUUAGACAACAGUGUGGUUGA